AACUCUUUUUCGUGGCGGAGGCUGCAGCGGCCGUGGACAUUUCACGACGGGGGGAGGUGCUGUACGUCCAAGAUGGCGGCGCCCUGUAGGCUGGAGGAGCUGUGAGUGACCAUGAAAGACACCAGGUUGACAGCACUGGAAACCGAAGCACCAGCUGUCCCCAGAACAGUCUGGUAGGGGCGCCAAUGAAGAGCCCGCAGAGUCGCUAGUGCACGUCCCGGACCUGGCGCGGCGCAGCCGUGUAAGACAAUGGCCCAGCAAGCGAAUAUCGGGGAGCUCCUGUCCAUGCUGGACUCCCCCGUGCUGAGUGUGCGUGAUGAAGUGACAGCUGUCUUUAAAGAGAACCUCAGCUCUGACCGUGGUCCGAUGCUCGUCAACACCUUGGUGGAUUAUUACCUGGAAACGAAUUCUCAGCCGGUAUUGCACAUCCUGACUACCUUGCAAGAGCCUCACGACAAGCACCUCUUGGACAAAAUGAACGAGUGCAUGGGCAGAGCCGCCUCUCGGCUGUCCGCCCUGUCGCUGCUGGGGCAUGUCAUCAGGCUGCAGCCGCCGUGGAAGCACAAAUUCUCCCAAGCACCUCUUUUGCCUUCUUUACUCAAAUGUCUCAAGAUGGAUACCGAUGUCAUCGUCCUCACAACAGGUGUCCUAGUGCUGAUCACCAUGCUUCCCAUGAUUCCACAGUCGGGGAAGCAGCACCUUCAUGAUUUCUUUGAUAUUUUCGGCCGUCUUUCGUCGUGGUGCCUGAAGAAACCAGGCCACGUGACAGAGAUCUAUCUUGUCCAUCUCCACGCCAGUGUUUACGCUCUCUUUCAUCGCCUCUACGGAAUGUACCCCUGCAACUUUGUCUCCUUUCUACGCUCUCACUACAGUAUGAAGGAGAACUUGGACACUUUCGAAGAGGUGGUCAGGCCAAUGAUGGAGCACGUGCGAAUUCACCCGGAAUUAGUGACUGGAUCCAAGGACCACGAACUGGACCCUCGAAGGUGGAAGAGAUUAGAAACACACGAUGUUGUAAUAGAGUGUGCCAAAAUCUCUCUGGACCCCGCAGAAGCCUCAUACGAAGACGGCGACUCCGUGUCCCCGCAGGUGUCCGCGCGCUUUCCUCAUCGUGCGGCCGAUGUGGCCGCCAGCCCUUACGUCGACACGCAAAAUAGCUGUGGGAGUGCUACCUCGACCCCGUAUUCCAGCGCUCGGCUGACGUUGUUAAAUACGCCCGGGCAGCCACCUCAGACUCUGAGUCCCCCAUCGACACGGCUGUUGACUGAGCCGCCACAAGCUGCUCUCUGGAGCCCAUCUUCGGUUUGUGGUAUGACCACUCCUCCAACGUCUCCUGGAAAUGUACCACCUGAUCUGUCACACCCUUACAGUAAAGUCUUUGGUACAACUGGUGGAAAAGGAACCCCUCUGGGAACCCCAGCAACGUCUCCCCCUCCCGCCCCGCUCUGCCCCUCAGACGACUACGUGCCCAUUUCCCUGCGGCCGGCCACAGCCACACCCCCCAAGAAGGAAGAAAAAACAGAUUCAGCAAGGCCCUGUCUACAUAGACAGCACCAUCUCCCAAACGACAGAGGACUAGAAGAGUUACCUGGCAGCAAAGGUUCUGUCGCUCUAAGUGACCUUCCAGGGUUUUUAGGAGACCUCGCCUCCGAAGAGGACAGCAUCGAGAAAGCUAAAGAAGAAGCGGCCAUCUCUAAAGAACUGUCCGAGAUCACGACGGCCGAGACUGAGCCCCUGGUUCCUCGAGGAGGCUUUGACUCUCCCUUCUACCAGGACAAUCUCCCGGGCUGUCCUCGCAAGAACCAUUCGGCCACCUCUGGUGCUCAGGGCGCCAGUGUGAACCCUGAGCCUUUAAACUCCUCCCUGGACAAGCUUGGGCCUGACACACCAAAGCAAGCCUUUACUCCCAUAGACCCGCCCUGCGGAGGCGCCGCCGAGAGCCCUGCCGGGCACAGGGAGCGCCAGACUUCGCUGGAGACCAGCAUCCUCACUCCCAGCCCUUGUAAAAUUCCGCCUCAGAGGGGAGUGGGGUUUGGAAGUGGGCAGCCUCCCCCUUACGAUCAUCUUUUUGAGGUGGCAUUGCCAAAGACCGCCCAUCAUUUUGUCAGCAAGAAGACCAAGGAACUGUUAAAGAAAGCAAAAGGAAACGCAGAGGAAGACUAUCCGCCCUCGCCCUCCCCCGCGGAAGUCCUGGACAGGCUGGUCCAGCAGGGAGCGGACGCGCACAGCAAGGAACUGAGCAAGUUGUCUUUACCCAGCAAGUCUGUCGACUGGACCCACUUUGGAGGCUCUCCUCCCUCAGAUGAGAUCCGCACCCUCCGUAACCAGCUGCUCUUGCUGCACAACCAGUUACUGUAUGAGCGUUUCAAGAGGCAGCAGCACGCGCUCCGGAAUAGGCGGCUCCUCCGCAAGGCGGUCAAGGCGGCGGCCCUGGAGGAGCACAACGCGGCCAUGAAAGACCAGUUGAAGUUGCAAGAGAAGGACAUCCAGAUCUGGAAGGUCAGCGUGCAGAAGGAGCAGGCCCGGUACAGCCAGCUGCAGGAGCAGCGAGACACGAUGGUGGCCCAGCUGCACAGCCAGAUCCGACAGCUGCAGCACGACCGCGAGGAGUUCUACAACCAGAGCCAGGAGCUGCAGACGAAGCUGGAGGACUGCAGGAACAUGAUCGCGGAGCUGCGUCUGGAGCUGAAGAAGGCCAACAGCAAGGUGUGUCACACGGAGCUGCUGCUCAGUCAGGUGUCCCAGAAGCUCUCGAACAGCGAGUCGGUGCAGCAGCAGAUGGAGUUCUUGAACCGGCAGCUGUUGGUCCUCGGGGAGGUCAACGAGUUGUAUCUGGAACAACUGCAGAGCAAGCACUCGGAUACCACAAAGGAGGUGGAGAUGAUGAAAGCUGCUUGUCGGAAAGAACUAGAAAAAAACAGAAGCCACGUUCUCCAGCAGAAUCAGAGGCUUGAUACCUCCCAGAAACGGAUUUUGGAACUGGAAUCUCACCUGGCCAAGAAAGACCACCUUCUCUUGGAACAGAAGAAAUAUUUAGAAGAUGUCAAAGUCCAGGCAAGAGGACAGCUGCAGGCGGCGGAGAGCAGGUAUGAGGCUCAGAAAAGGAUCACCCAAGUGUUUGAAUUGGAGAUCUUAGAUUUAUACGGCAGGUUGGAGAAGGACGGCCUCCUGAAGAAACUUGAAGAAGAAAAGGCAGAAGCAGCCGAAGCGGCAGAAGAAAGGCUUGCCUGUUGCAAGGACGGCUGCCCGGAUUCUGUAACAGGGCACAACGAAGAGGCAUCUGGUUACAAUGGCGAGACCAAGCCCCCUCGACCCGGGGCCGGCAGCGCAAGUAGAGGGGGUGGAGGUAGCAGUGGCAGCGGUGGCGGCAGCGAGCUCUCGACCCCGGAGAAACCCCCCAGCCAGAGGGCAGGCCUGUUCAGCAGUCGGUGGGAAACUGCCAUGGGAGGGUCCGCCACCAGCAUCCCCACGACUGUCGGCUCCCUCCCCAGCUCAAAAAGCUUCCUAGGCAUGAAGGCACGAGAGUUAUUUCGUAAUAAGAGUGAGAGCCAGUGUGAUGAAGACGGCGUGACCAUCAGUAGCCUUUCCGAGACGCUAAAGACAGAACUGGGCAGAGACCCGGGUGCGGAAGCCAAGACCCCCCUGAACCUUGAUGGCCCGCACCCUUCCCCCCCGAACCCGGACAGUGUUGGACAGCUGCACAUCAUGGACUACAACGAGGCUCAUCAUGAGCACAGCGAAGGAUGACGGUCCGUCAGUGUUAACUUGCAGGGUGCUGGCUUAGAACAGGAGGUGUGAAUGCACGUGCCCAGGCUUUCCUGUUUCCGGGGUCUGGGUGGCUAGCGCACGCGGUGGCAACGGGAUGGAGGUCCUUUUGACAGUUGACUUGAACACAGAACGGUUUUUGGAUCUGGCAUUGAAAUGCCUCUUAAUGUCCCCCCUCAGCCCACUCCCCAGCCUGUCUUUCGUUUACCCAGCAGUGUGGACUAAUCCGAGGGCCAGUUUGCCUUCCUCAGUAGCUUUAUUUUCUUCCUUCCCCCGCAAUGGUCGCGCCCUUUGAACCUGUGCAAUAUGAGGCCAGAUUGAA